GCCAAACCACAGAUGCUUAAUUUAAAAUCCACCGGCACAUCCAAUCAGAUUUGUGCGAUAGGUGUUGAUUGGCAUAAGUUGCAGAGCGCGCUGCGUACUUGAGGAUACGUCAAUAUAAACCUAUACAUGUAAUUUUUGAUAAACAAUUUGAUUUAGAAUCGCGAGGUCUGGGAACGGCUUGACUGAAAGGUUUAAGCUUCAUGACUGUCUGAGAGGUUUUGUAGUGUCUGCAGAAGUUCUGGGAAGGGAAGAGUUCUCGGGAGUGUCCAUUAUGCAGGAGGAAGUCCUCCAUCAGUGAUAUUCCUGUCAGCCUGGUCUCACAAUACUGUGGAAGUCUAUUUAAAGACAAAAAAUAAGGGCGAAACUGCACCUCAAUGAAAAGUCCAGUGAUGAUGGAAGCUCACUGCGGUCUACAUGGAGAGAAACUUCUGAUCUUCUGUGAGGAUGACCAGGAAUGCAUCUGUGUCGUGUGUCAGACAUCAAAAGGUCACAGAAACCAUCAUUUCCGUCCCGUGGAAGAGGCAGCGCAGGAUAUGAAGGAGGAACUAAGAACAGCACUUAACAUAUUAAAUGAAAAACUGGAGAAGAUAAUUACAUUUAAAGAAGAAUAUGAGAAAACAGCUAAACACUUAAAGAGUCAGUUCCAGCAGACUGAGAAGAGGAUAAAGGAGGAAUUUGAGAAACUCCAUGGGUUCCUGAGAGAGGAAGAGGAGGCCAGACUGGCUAUACUGAGAGUGGAAGAGAAGGAGAAGAGCAGGAGAAUGAAGGAGAAGAUAGAGAACAUCUCCAAACAUGUCUCCACCCUGUCAGAGAAGAUCAGAGAUACCGAGACAACUAUGAAAUCUGGAGACAUCUUCUUCUUAAAGCGCUACAAGGAUUUGAAAGCCAGCCUGUCACUGUCUUUGCAGAGCCCAGUGCUCACUGCAGGAUCCAGAGCUGGCUUCAGGGGAACUGAUAGACAUGGCCAAACACCUGGGCUCCCUGAAGUUCAGAGUCUGGGAGAAGAUGCUGGGGACUGUGCAGUACAUCAAAUGCAGGUAAAUGACAUGGACAGGAGCCUGCAAGGCGGAAGCUCAAGGCAGGAGGACAGGAUAAAGACAAGAACAGAACUGAAAGACAUGUUAUUGUGUGAUUACUGCACAGUGACACCAUACCGAGCUCCUGUGACUCUGGACCCAAACACCGCGUCCCCCUGGCUCUCAGUGUCCGACGAUCUGACCAGCGUGAGAAACACUGCUAUGAAACAGCAGCUACCAAACAACCCAGAGCGGCUGGUCUCUUAUCCCGAUCUGCUGGGAUCGGAGGGGUUUACCUCAGGACAGCACAGCUGGGAGGUGGAAGUGGGGGACAAACCUGAGUGGACUGUAGGGGUCGCAAAAGAGUCUGUUAACAGGAAGGGGGGCGUAAAAUACAGCCCAGAGGAUGGAUUCUGGGUUCUGUAUCUAAGGAACAGUAACAAGUAUAAAGCGUGUACCUCACCACCAACCCAUCUGCGACUGGAGAGGAGACCGCAGAGGAUCAGAGUGCAGCUGGACUAUGACAGGGGGGAGGUGUCCUUCUCCAACCCCGCUGACAUGUCACUCAUCUACACCUUUAAAGACACAUUCACUGGGAGCCUGUUUCCAUAUUUCUAUCUUGGUCCAAAUGUUGAUGGCAGUAACCCUGGAGCACUGCAGAUCUGCCCAGUAAAGGUGUCUCUGACAGUGACGUCAUCCCAGUAAUGGUGUCUGUGACAGUGAUGUCAUAGGAAAUGUGUGAUAUGGAUGUUGUCUCAGUGACGUCAUACUAGCUAGUAAGUCUGACUGACAGUGGUAUGC